GCAGCUCCAGCAUGUCCACAUCUUUGUUGGAGGACACGUCACCUGAGUCCAUCAUAGGGAAGAAGGCUCCUCCAAAGUUCCUUCCUGUUUCUGCCACCCCGCAGCCAGACAAGCGUCAGUCUCCACAGAGGCGGCACUCUAUCGAAAAGGAGGCCCCCACCUGUGUCCGUCCCUUUGUCCCUCCAUCCAGACAGACCUCCAAGUCUUUGCUGAUGGCGGAUCCCAGCGCCAAGGUGGAAGCAGCCAGUGGUGCUCAGGGCACGGAGGAGUUCUGCUACCCGGUGGAGUGUCUGGCUCUGACGGAGGAGGUGAUGCACAUCAGACAGGUUCUGGUCAAGGCCGAGCUGGAGAAGUUUCAGCAGUACAAAGACAUCUACAACGCCCUCAAGAAAGGAAAGCUUUGCUUUUCGUGUCGGACCAAGAGGUUCUCCCUCUUUACCUGGUCCUACACCUGCCAGUUCUGCAAAAGGCCUGUGUGUUCCCAGUGCUCUAAAAAGAUGCGGCUGCCGUCUAAACCUUACUCCACCUUGCCCAUCUAUUCUCUGGGCCCCAGUGCAAUGGCUAAAGAAGAGGCAAGUGGAGCGUCCGCCCCUGCAGAGCCUGAAAAGAACCCGUUUGGGUCUGGACACAGCCGUCACAGCCUACGUCGAAGCGUUUAUAAGUUUUCCAAGCAUGGCAGCAGUAGCAGCAAAGAUGGCCGGUCACAGGACGAGCCAGAGCUCCCCAAGGAGCUGACGGAGGACUGGGUCACCAUGGAGGUGUGUGUAGACUGCAAAAAGUUCAUCACGGAGAUCAUCUCCUCCAGCAAGCGCAGCCUGUGCGUGGCUACCAAGCGUGCCCGCCUCAAUCGCAAAACCCAAUCCUUCUACAUGUCGUCUUCUAACUCGGUCAACUUCCGGCCCUCAGAGCGCACCAUCAAUGAGGUGUAGAAAGUAGGACCGCCCUGUGCACUUUUGUUCGAGCUGAGUUUAUUUGAUUAAAUGGAUUUAAAAAAAUCCCUUCUUAGUCUGAUUUUGACCUGGACUGGUUCACUGCUGUUGAUGUAAAUGGUUAUUUUCAAAAAAAAAAAUCAGAAGUGACCAUGAAGCCAGCCCAUCCCUACCCCAAAGGUAGUUAAGGUUCUUACACCUUACCCUCCCCUCUCAGGAAACAUUGACGCACUAUGAUUGGUUGUGACUAGUCAGGGCUCUGCAGUAGCUGCCUGAUAACAAAAGAGAGCCAUGCUUGUAUCAGUGGCAGUGAUUGUUGGUUGAUAAAUGGACACAUCGAGCUGCUGAUGUGAACCUGGUAAGAGAAUGUAUAUUUGACAUAAUAGCGGGAUCAGAUAAUACAGAAAGCCAAAAGUUCCAGUGAAUUUGUGUAAAUAGUAUCAAGGCCCAAACCCUAAUCUUAGCUACCGAUAAAUUUUCCAGUUCCUGUUUACUAUGCGCACUCA